GUUACGCAAAAGUUUAAGGGAGGGGGCAAACUGAGGCCCGCCGAGUGUAUAUAGAGGCACCACGUCCCGUGCCCAGAGCACCGAGAUGUCUUGUCCCUCUUGAAGCCCAACUUUCCAUUAACCUUGGCUCCAGUCCACUGUGCAGUCGGGAGCAUUCCUAUCCAAGGCCAAGCAGUAUAGAGACUUGUCAAGCUUCUUCCAAGCCUCCUUGUUCAACAGCACUAAAAAGCCACCCCUCGCCCGCCCGCCAUGGAGACGACUCAUGAGCCGGCUGACCCCGUCGCCAAGGGCAUAGUCCCAACGGCCAGUCAAUCCAUUCGUGACCUCUUCACGUGGAAGCAGCGUGUUGUCGUUACCGGGCCAGAUGGCGAAUCCUCCUGCGAGUGGGCAAAGCCCAUCCCGCUGAAGAACCCCGUCAGCUUGAUGGCCCAGCUGUCCGCAAAGGACUGGCUAUUCUUCGUUGUUGGUUUCGCAGCCUGGACUGCCGAUGCGUUCGACUUCCACGCACUGUCUAUCCAGACUGUCAAAUUAGCAAAAUAUUUUGAUGUCUCUAAGACGAGCAUCACCGAGGCCAUCACCCUUACUCUGCUGCUCCGUUCAGUCGGCGCGGCCAUGUUCGGGCUGGCUGGAGACAAGUGGGGAAGAAAGUGGCCGAUGGUGGUCAACAUGAUUGUCCUCGGGCUGUUACAAGUCGCCACGAUCUACUGCAGAACGUUUCAGCAGUUCCUUGCUGUUCGGUCAUUGUUCGGCCUUUUCAUGGGUGGUGUCUACGGUAAUGCCAUUGCCAUGGCGCUGGAAAACAGUCCCGUGGACGCCAGAGGUCUCAUGUCUGGUAUCCUCCAACAAGGUUACUCAUUCGGCUAUGUCUGCGCCGCUUGUGCCAACCUUGGCGUGGGCGGUGCGGUCGACACAUGGAAGACCGUCUUCUGGAUCGCUGCCGGUCUUUCUAUCGGAGUGGGCCUGAUCCGCAUGUGCUUCCCGGAAUCGCAGCUGUUCAUUGAGGCCCGCAAGGCCGGCAAGACCGGCGGCCAUGCCACGCAUUUCUGGAAGGAGACCAAGAUCAUGCUGGGACAGGAGUGGAAGAUGUGCAUUUACUGUAUCAUUUUGAUGACCUGGUUUAACUACUAUAGCCACACCUCCCAAGACAGCUACACCACCUUCAUGAUCACGGAGAAGGGUCUGGACAACUCUGGGGCCAGCCGAGCCUCCAUUCUCAUGAAGGCAGGCGCCUGUGUUGGUGGCACCAUCUUGGGAUAUAUCAGCCAGUGGUUUGGUCGCCGCCGCACGAUCGUCUGCGCGUCUCUCAUCUCGGCCUGUCUGAUCCCGGCCUGGAUUCUUCCCACCACCGAGCGCUCGUUGUCGGCCAGCGGCUUUUUCAUGCAGUUCUUCGUGCAGGGCGCGUGGGGUGUUAUUCCUAUCCAUCUGAACGAGUUGUCGCCACCUGCCUUCCGCAGCAGUUUCCCGGGUAUCACCUACCAGCUGGGCAACAUGAUCAGCAGCCCUUCGGCCCAGAUUGUGAACGCCCUCGCGGAGAGCAACUUCAUCAGGAACAGCGCGGGCGAGCUGGUCGAGGCCUAUGGACCAGUCAUGGGCAUCGCGACUGCUAUCAUUGCAAUCGGAAUCGCCGUCACCACUGCCCUCGGUCCCGAGAAGAGAGGACGCGAGUUCUCGGCCAGGCCCGCUGGUAUGAAUAUUGAGUCGGAUAGCGAGGCCAAGGCCAAGGACAUCGAGGCUGAGGCGGCUUCCAUCCAUGAGGUUGACAGGGUUCACUCGGAGAAGAAGGAGACAAAUGUUUAAACGAAUCAGAUGAGACAGAAAACACACUCAUGACUGACUUUGGACCGCUGUGCGAUAGUCAUAUAUAUAUCUAGGAACGCAUCUGCGUAUAUACUCGGUUUAUCUAGCAUGCUAGAUCCAGCUAGGCUGCUACUAGCGGGGGAAAUAAUGCUGUAGUAUAGAUUGAGCUAGAAUUUGUAUGGCAAGUUCAUUGCAUAAAAAUUCUAGUGCUUGUGCGUGA